AUAAGUCGUCUAUACAUAUCAUCCCCAAGACCCCAAACCCAAACCCACUACAUCUUCCUCUCAUCAACCGAUACAUACAACCUAUACACACACGUCAAAAUGUACGGAUUCACCAGCAUAAGCAGCAAGGAAGAUGUAGACAUCGAAUCAGGCUCAUCCACGCUCUACCCAGGUCUCAGCCAUGGCGAGAAUCAGCUUCGUUGGGGCUUUAUCCGCAAGGUCUACGGAAUUCUCGCCGCCCAGAUGAUCUUGACCACGAUCAUCUCCUCCGUCACCGUGCUUUAUGCUCCGGUGAAUGAAGUGCUUCGCGGGAAUUCUGGGCUUCUGCUCUUUCUCCUCGUCUUGCCUCUCGUUUUGUUGUGGCCCUUGUACGUGUAUCAGCAGAAACAUCCUAUAAAUUUGGUUUUACUUGGACUCUGGACGUCAUGCCUUAGCAUUACUGUUGGUGUCAGCUGUGCCAAUACUGAUGGGAAAAUUGUGCUUGAGGCAUUGAUUUUAACCUCAGCAGUUGUUGCAUCUCUCACCGCAUACACUUUCUGGGCUUCUAAGAAGGGCAAAGACUUCAGCUUUCUAGGACCAAUCUUGUUUACCAGCCUUUUUGUUCUCCUCUUGACAAGUUUCCUCCAGAUGUUCUUCCCUCUUGGAUCUACCUCAACUGCUGUUUAUGGUGGAAUCAGUGCAGUAGUUUUCUCAGGCUACAUUGUUUACGACACUCAGAACCUGAUUAAGCGAUUCAGCUAUGAUGAGUACAUAUGGGCCACGGUCACUCUUUAUCUGGAUAUCCUCAAUCUGUUCCUUACCAUUUUGCGGAUGCUGAGACAGGGAGACAACUAGACGUGCCGUACAUAUCAUGAAUGUCUUAUAUUAAAGAAAAGUACUCUUUAACUCAUUUGUAUAUGAGUCUUACCUAAUGUAGUAUGGAUAAUGCUUGUGUGAGAAGUUGGACCUACAGUUUCAUAUUUCAGAUUCAAUGAUGUUGAAUAUUAAGAUGUUUCAGCAUCAUUUUAUUAUUUUUUUUGUGAUGAAUACAUGUUUCCUCGUUAUGGUUAA